AUGUCGACAAGGAAAGUUAGAGUCAAGAAGUUGAGCGUCAAGACGCUUCUUCCUGUACUCAGAGAGACCGAUAUCGACGCUGCUGAGUACGAAUCUUUGACUACCGAAACCCAAAUCGCAACCGGUGUCGAAGCCGCCGAGGAAACAGAAUACCAUCUCCAGUCAAUUCUUAAAGAAGCGGGCACCAGCAAUGAUCAAGAAAUCCCAGUUCCGCCUCCCCAGGAGAGCCAGAUCAACUAUGAUCAGCUUUAUCCCAGUAACUUUCAGCAGCCUACCUCUUUCAUCCGCUUCUCGCAGACUGUCGAAGAAUGCAUUGGCGUUUCAUAUGACAUGACAACCGAGGAUGAUGAGUUCCUGAAGCAGUACAAUGCCACCAAGAAGACCGUCGCCUCUCAGCUGUCAGAGGAUGACUUUGAACGCAUUAUGGAAGUGUUCGAAGACACGGCUUCUGAACAGACUCCAUUCGCAUCAAUAGACAACACAGUGGUUGGCUAUGAUCUCAUGGUGCCCUCUCUUGCCUCGCUCGGUGGAAACAAGCUCAUGGCUCACGCCAAGCAUGUCUAUGAGCACUGGAAAGCGCGCCGCCAAAUACUUGGCAACAAACCCAUUCACCCAAGCGUCAAGUUCGAGACACACCAGGAGAGUGAUGAGGCCGACCCAUAUGUGUGCUUCAGACGCCGUGAGGCUAGACAGACGCGAAAAACGCGGCAGAGAGACGUCCAAAGUGCCGAGAAACUGAAGCGACUUCGCAGAGAACUUGAAGAUGGCCGACAGCUCAUCAUUCAGUCUUAUGAGCGUGAGAUGCUCAAACGUGAACUACUUACCUUUGACCGGGCGAUCUUCGAACAGAGGGCCAAACUCAAGGAGAUGAAGGUCAAGCUCGGCAUCAAGACCGAGGACGACGACCUCAUCAACCACAAGCCUCCCAAGAAGAAGCCCGUGGAGGCGCCUACUCUCCAAAAGCCACCGGGCAGCCACCUUCGCAUUGCCGUGCGGCCGGAUGGUCGAUCCAUGGAGGCAGACUUGUUGCAGCUGGCAGAUAAGCUUGCUGAAAAGGAGAAUGAGUUGCGAGCAGAUGUUGAAAGCAAGGUCCACAACCACCGAAAGUGGAACCAAAAUCAUGUGGACCUCACGCGAGACCCCCUGUCACCGGUCAAGGAACAACGCAUGGAGGUCAGCUUCCGUCCUGCCAAGACCCAGUAUCUGAUGACGCCUCCCGCGUCCACCUCUUCCGAGUCAGACGCCAUGGAUGUCGAUGAAGAGCCAGAACCUGUCACUGACAGAGGCGAAUUGUCGAUAUUCCAGUUUAGAGCAGGCGGAGGAAAGGAUAAGCCGUCCAGUAGCCAGCCAGCCUUCCGUCGUCGAAUCGGUCGUUUGGGGCGGCUGUGGAUUGACCGUCGGGGAAUGACUACUCCGCCGAGAGAGGAAGGCGAAGAUUAUACUGAUCGGUGGAAGUAUGACCAAGAUGAUGAGCAAGAGACGCAUGCGUAUGAGGUGGACCCGUAUGACACGCGGGCUCUGAAGUUCCGCGCGACGAUCCCGCUGUCGCAAUAUGUGUACCAGCGCCGACAACUUCCGCAUGAGGGCAUGGUCAACGGCCAAACACCUCAGCAGACAGCGGGCGUGGCUGGCAAUAGAUCUGCACUGCCGCAACCUUCAACGCCGCAGCAAGCGCAACCACAGCCACAAGCAACGCCGCAGCAGCAGCGGCAGCCAUCUCAGGCUUCUCCGCCAGCUCAACCUGCUGCUACCCCCUCAUGA